UGCCAAAUAUGGGCAUUUUCGGCCCUGGGUGGCACUUCCGCGAAGGGCCAUGGAAAUUUUGAACAAGCGAGCCGUUGGUGACAAAAAUAAACAAAACGAUCAGGACCUUUUUUUUUUUUUGGGUAUUAAUCUUCAUGGCGUGAUGGACAGCUCAUUUCAGCUGCUGCCAAACAAUCCAUGUCGUCAUCAUUGGACAUUCCUGCGAGCAUCCUUCCGGUUUCUUUGUGUUGACGUGAGGACUCAUGUGGUCUCCUUUUGCCGCUGCUGACGGCGUCCGUGUUGUGGAUGAAGAUGAGGAGCACCGGUGGAUGUUUGCUGCUGGCCCUGAUGCUCCUCUGCUGGCUGACGUGCGCGGAGUCAUCCUCAGGCGAGCACGAGCUGCGUAACGCCGACUCCUCGGACUUGAACCCGCAUCCGGACGGCAGCGUGCCGCCUCGCCGACACCGCUGGCAUCAUCGUCAUCAUCUUCAUCAUCAUCGCUCAGGUGGCGAGGUUCACGUGGAGCACGCCACUGUGGCCGCACGCCAUCUGGUUACUAUGUUUUUGGCAUUGGACGUCCGCAGUCUGAACACGGCUCUUCUUCGUUGGUUUCGCGGCGGCGUGGCGGCGGCGCUGGGAGUUCCUGUCGGCCUCGUCCACAUCAACGCUGUCGAUGAGGAGAAGAACGGCGUAGAGUUCUUCGUGUCCUCGGAGCGCCCGGAUGAUUCCGAGCCCCGCCCGGCCCGGGACGUGGUCCGAUCGCUCGACGUCAGGGUGCUUCAUCGCCACCUGGCGCACUUUGGCAUCACCGAAGUCUCCACCGAGAAGAAGGUCCUGCAGGGGGCGCCACGGGAGCACGCGCGGAGGCAGGAGUGCUUUUACAUCCUCUUCUUCACCAUCUUCAUCAUGGCCCUCGUCUGCUCGACGCUUUUCUAUCGUCUCAAGAAAACUUGGGAGCCACAGCCGAAAGCUGCGCCCCCGCAUUUCACCGCCAAGGCGGCCGCGCACGCUCCCCGGCGGCGUCGGCCGAUCGCGGCGGCCCGGCCGCUUCCCGCGCCCGCCCUCCCGCCGCCGCCCAGCCCCGCCCCUUCCUCCGAAGUCGACCGCGCCCCCCUGGCGAGCGUCGCGCCGGUAACGAAUGAGCUGGAUCCGUGCAGCUCCCCCUUCAGGAUGAAACUGCCAUCACGACUACAAGAGAGACGCGGCUCCAACGUGGCGCUCGUUCUCGACAUGUCGGUGCCCGUCGGCAUCGCCGUGGUGACGCCGCCGAGGGAAGAGGCGGCCCGCGAGUAUCUGAUGGCCGCGGGUCACGCGCUCACGCCGCAGCGACUGCGUGACCUCGUCAAAGACGCGCACACGCUACAUGCAGAGUUCUCGGAGAUCCCAAUGAACUUCACGGAUUCAAAGCAGGUGGACGUUCCCAACCACGGAAGCAAAAACCGAUACAAGACCAUCCUGCCCAGUGAGUCCUGGUUGCUAGAUCCUCAUUCCAGAGUCGUGCUGCAGUCCCCGCUCAGCACCUACAUCAACGCCAACUACAUCCGGGGUUACCGUGGCGACGAGAAGGCCUUUAUCGCCACGCAAGGCCCGAUGGUGAACACGGUGGACGACUUCUGGCUGAUGGCGUGGCAGGAAGCGGCCCCCGCUAUCGUCAUGAUCACCAAGCUCAAGGAGAAGAACGAGAAGUGCGUCCUCUACUGGCCGGAGAGGCGCGGCAUGUACAGGAAUGUCGAGGUGGAGGUCAACGGCGUACGAGAGCGUCAACACUACACUGCCAGACACAUCACGCUCAAGGCACCCAGGCGCAUGCCCACGCACACCGACUUUGGGCCUCGUACCCACACACUGCUUCAUUACUGGUUCACGUCGUGGCCUGACCACAAGACGCCCGACGCCACUUUGCCGCUGCUGCAGCUGAUGGACGACGUGGAGGCGGCGCGGCGGGCGGCGGCUUCGGGGCCCGUCAUCGUACACUGCAGCGCCGGGAUCGGCCGCACGGGCUGCUUCAUCGCCGCCAGCGUGGGCGCCCGGCAGCUGGCGGCGGAGGGGGCCGUAGACGUGCUGGCCAUCACGUGCCAGCUGCGCCUGGACAGGGGCGGAAUGAUCCAGACGGCGGAGCAGUACCAGUUUGUCCAUCACGCCUUGAGCCUGUACGAAUCCCGCCAGCGUCGCCGCGGCAAUCAAGACGUGUGAGGGCGGGGCUUGUUGACUUUGCCGGACGGGAGCGGGAGAAGAAGGAAGGUACGCUUUGGCGGCCGAGGAAGGUCUUUGUCGGUUUUCAACUGCAACUUCCUGUUCCGACGUUCACGCUCGAUGGCCGUGUUUCACUUUGAAAUUCCGAAAGAAAACCUUGAUCAAUGGAUAACUCAUUUUUCAUUGGUAUUAAUUCUAAUUGAGUCAAUGUAAGGAUUUAACCAGUUCAGUAAUCCAUUCCAAAAUGUUACCUGUGCAGUAAUCCCCUGCUAUAACGCUUGUACUUUUUGUCUCAAAUACGUUUACAAUGUGUUUUAAAAGUAUUUCAAUGUGAUGACGGCAUGUGGGAGGGUAUUUGAAGACUAAACAAAAAAAAGGUUAGAAUUUGGAUUCCAUUAUUGUAUAUCUAUACAUUUAAAAAAAAAUGUAUUCAGAAACGUUUACAAUGUGUUUAAAAAGUGUGUUUUAAUACAUGCAAAUGUGUUUGAGUGUGGGGGAGAUAUUUUAAGGGGUAAAAAAUUCACUAUAUUGGUGAAUACAUUUUGUAAAUAAAAUAAAAAAUAUUUAUAAAAUAAAGACGCACAAAUGUUCGCAUUCCAGACCGCCCACAAUUUUUUCCAAUGUUAAUUUAUCAAUAAAAAAUGAUGGUACCAUUUAAAAAAUAACUAUAUUUUUGAUUAAAUAAUGGUUUUAAAUCAAACCAUUGUUUCAUAAAAUUUAUUUCAGAAAUAUACCUUAUUUUUACCCAAAUGUAUUUACAGUAAAUGAACAUUUUAUGAACUGAAAUGAGAAAUAAUACAUUUCAAAAUGAAUACAUUUGAAUUCACGAAAAUGGCUGCAAAAAAAAAUAUUUCUGGACUCGAGAUGUCCUCUGAAUAAAAAUCGCUUGCCCACCUCUGCAUUUGACCACAAAUGUUUUUGUUGUUGUUGUUGUUGUUGUUUUCAACCCACAAUGGUGCAGGCAUCUCUUUGAUUGUAUAUUUUUUUCUUUGCGCUAAUAAGAACUUUAUUUUUAUAUUGUGUGUGUGUACUGUGUAGCAGCUGUUUGUGUCAAUAAAGGGAGAAAACCUUCAAAAAAGGAAACCAAAAAUGUCCCAAAUCUGCAUUAAAAAAGUGGCUAAAAUCUCAUUUUCAUCUUUUUGUGAUGGAAAAGCACUUUAGACCUUCAUCAUCCUCAUCAUUGCGUCACGUGACAAUGGUUGGAGCUGAAGGCUAACGUGAGAUGGUCCUAAACGCAAAUGGACUUGAAUGUUUAUUUUCUUGAAUAAAGUCGAUUGAAGGAAAACAA